AUGUCGCUCGGAAGCUGGGGCGCGAUCGUCGGAAACGUCUUACUCUUCGGCCUCGUCGUCGGUUUAGCGGCCACGGUGGAGCGCGAGGCGUUCGUGCGGUCGAUGAAGUCCAGGGCGCUCGUCGUGGGGGCGUUUGCGCAGUUCGCGUUUCUUCCGCUCGUCGGGUUUGGGUGCGCGAAGGCGUUCUUCGCGGAUGAUCCGGCGUUAGGGAUUCCGUUGAUCAUCACCACGAGCUCACCCGGUGGUUCUUAUAGUAAUUGGUGGACGUCUCUAUUCAAUGGCGAUCUAUCGCUAUCGGUGGCGAUGACCACGGUGUCGAGCAUCGCGUCGGUUGGAUUUCUGCCGCUCAACCUGUACAUGUACACGGAAGGGGCGUAUCCGCACGAGGCGAAGAUCAAGGUGAAGUGGGCUGGGUUGUUUGUGUCGAUCGGGGUGGUGAUAGGAGCGAUCGUGAGUGGGUUAUUCAUAGGAACGCGCUGGCCGCGGUCGCGAAAGACGCUGAACGUGGCGGGGAACAUGUUUGGCGUCUUGCUCGUGCUGCUGGGUUUCUUCUUCAGCUCGAACUCCUCGGCGCCCAUUUGGUCUCGUGGUUGGAAGUUUUACAUCGGACUGAUGAUUCCAUGCUUCGCAGGGAUGAUCGUUAGUUUGAUCUGGGCGAGGAUUUUGCAGUUGGAGCGACCACAGGCGCUAGCUGUGGCGAUAGAGGUCGUGUACCAGAACACGGCAAUUGCGUUGGCGGUGAUUUUGAGUUCAUUUAGUAAUGACACGUCGUGCACGAACGUGGCGAGCAACGACUGCGAUGUCGUUGGUAUCGCCGCGGGAGUCCCGACGUUCUAUCAGUUGAUUCAGAUUCUCUCUCUGGGAGUGUUGUGUGUGACAUCAUGGCGCUUGGGGUGGACGUACGCGCCCGUUGGUACGCCUUUGCUCAAGGCUCUCGCGACGAACUUUCAGCCGUCGACACACGUAGAAUAUAGACAAGAUCAGAUAGAUCAGAGCACGAGCGCGCAGGAUUUAGAAUUGGCGCGGUCGGGGCAAGGCGUGGAGAUGAGCGCAGACGUACGUGAGCACGUCGCGCCAGCCUAG